AUGAACCAAGUACAGCAUUACCAAGAGUUGAUCCAGCAGGCUGCGCGCCUGGCUCUGGAACGCAGCGUGGCUGAGUCAGAUGAGCCGAGUGUAGACGCUAUUGAGCCUGCAGCCAAGGCUAUCCGCGAAGCCCUGAGUCCGAAAGGCGAAACAGUCAAGCGCGAUUUCGACCAGCAUUUGUCUUUUCGCUCACAGAUCGAGACCAUGGACUCGGUGUCCAUCGAAGUUGCCCAGGAGCUGUUUGGGUUCCUGGAAACGCGGACAGCGCUGGUGCGCAAGGUGAUGGCGGAGACCACCGGAAAGGGCGUGGCGAUGCUCAAAAUCUGCAAUAGCUUGCUGCGACGCAUUCCGCACGCAACAAUGGGCGAGUUUGCUGGCAGCGUGCAGAUUUUCAUUGCCAACAGCUUCCCGCUGUCCGAGCGCUCGGGUGUCAAUGUGCGCGGUGAUUUCGACACCUCAAAUAUCCCAGCAAUCGACACAGCAGGGCUCGACGAAGGGGGCCGGGAAGAGAAGCUGUAUCGGUCGUUCUGGUCAUUGCAAGAGUGCUUUGCGAAUCCGCAGUCAGUGUUUAAGAACCGGCCCGAGUCAUUUGACAGCUUUGUCAAAGCAGCCAAGUUAGCGCUUGAGGAGUUCCGCAAGGUCGAGCACAAGAAUCAGCCACAGGCGACAGCCACGGCAGCCAUGCACGACACGGCUCCGCUAAAUUCAGGUGACCCGCAAUUCAAGUGCCAGAUUCUGGUGCAGCUGCUAAUCUUCACAAAGCUGAAGGAAGCCGCAGUGAAUAAGCUCGUAGUGGUGAAUAUGGAGAUUACCGAUGCCGAAGAGCAGACGUUGCGGGAUUUGAGCGAGCGCGCCGGAAACCAGCUAUUGACGAUGCCCCGCGACCGCGGCACGUUCCGCAGAGCCGCAGUGUUUAUGCUGAUGCACGAGGCCGACUGGGCCAGGUGGAAGGCCGGGUCGUGUAAGCCAUUCGAGGGGGUGCCGAUGCCGGAGCUGGUCGACGAGAUGCAGUCGGCAGCGCAGUCGUUCUUUGAGGUGCGUGACGAGGUGUGGGCAACUGAUGUCGAGUCGCUGGAGGGCAUCGGUAACGAGGCGCAGAGCGUGACGCUGAAGGACACGCUGGGCAAGCUGACGAGUUUCCUGACGCUCAAGGAGCGGGGGGUGGUGGAUCUGCUGCAGUGGCGAGCACUUCGCAUGUCGAUUCCCUCUGGCGACAUCCGCGAUGUCGACCCUACGUCAAAGACGCUGGGGCUGAAUUGCGAGAAUGGGCAAGACCCCAAGGAGGACCAAGUAUCAACCACAGAUGUGGAUGACGAGCCAUUUGUGACAGAGGUCAAGUAA